AAGAUUUCAAGAUGAUUUUUAAAGUAUUGUGCCUCACACUUCUGGCCUGUGCUCUUGCCCAGGCUGCACCGCAGUACACCAUAACCAUACCAGAUCCCAUGGACGUGAUAAGAAAUAUUGGAAGCGCUGCUGCAGAGACAACUGAGGAGGUGAAGAAUAGCUUCAGAACGAAGCUUGACGCUUGGUUGGAUGCUGGAAAGGCAAUUUUUGACGCUGGUGUUGAGUCGGUGGACACUUCAGUGACAGUUGUCAAAUCACCCUUCCGAUUUGGAUCGAAAGUGUGGGACAAAACAGUCAAUGACGACUCCCUGAAUCUCAAUGAAUUUAAGGGCUUAAAACUUGAAUAAUUCCAACGCAUAUUUCAUCAUUUAAAAUCAUAAAAAUAACUUCAUUAGC